GUGCUAAUUGUAAAACACAUCCCUCUAACCGCAAGGUGCGUCAUCGCAUAUGUGUUGAUACACUUGGAAAGGAGGUAGAUGCUGCUCUGUGUGAAGGAGAUGCAAGAGAUAUAGAGCAAUGUUGUAAUAGAGGAGAAUUCCCUUGGGUGAUUUCAUUAACUGAUGAAAAAAUAAAACACUUCUGUGGAGGAAUUAUUCUUUCAAAUCUAUGGAUCCUCACAACUGCACAAUGCAUAUGUGCAUGGAGUCAAAGCAGCUGUUGUUCAGAGCAAUAUCAAUUGAACCCAGAAAAUUGUCCCCCAAUGAAAAACUGGCGAGUGGCUGCUGGUCAACUGAAGUUAAAUUCAAGGAAGAGCCAAAUCAGGAAUAUAAUUGAAGUUUUUAUCCAUGAAGAUAAUAAAGAAGCUACCAAGAUACAAUGGAAUGAAUCUCAACCUGAUAUUGCAUUGGUAAAACUAGACCGUCCCCUCCAACUUAAUCCUGAUAUACAGCCAGUUACGGGUAUUUUACCAACCAGUCUAUGCACAGGAAAAAGUAAUGCAGAGUGUCAAACAUAUAUCAAAAAUUACACCCUACCUAAGUUCUGUGAGUUGGCAGGAUGGGGUGCUUUCAGAAAAGAUGGAAUUUUGAAAGGGAAGUUAAAAUGGUCAAAGGUCCUUGUAACUGCAAGUGAUGAAAACUCCAUAACAACCAAUAUGCCAUCAUCUAGAAUAUGGAACCCAUGUGAGGGGGAUCAAGGGGCACCACUGAUGUGCAAGCCUGAGGGCAGCAAUUCUUCUGCUGUUGUUGUGGGAAUUCUGAGCUUUGUCGAAUAUGAUUGUAGCAAAUUUACAAAUAGAGACACUUUCCACACACCUGUAUAUAAACAUCUGAAUUGGAUCUUUAAACACAUUAAUAAAGAUGAAGAGACAAAAGACUUCUCCUCUGUGAUAUCCAUAUCAAAGAACAACAGACAUAUCUGUGGAGGAGUUAUCAUCUCAGAUGUUUGGAUCCUCACAGCUGCAAUCUGUAUAUGUGAUGGAAAUGACAACUGCUGUACAAAG